AUGCCCCUGCCCGAGCCCAGCGAGCAGGAGGGCGAGAGUGUGAAGGCCGGCCAGGAGCCCUCGCCUGAGCCCCCUGAGCCGGGCACAGAUGUCGUCCCUGCAGCCCCCAAGAAGCCCAGGAAGUUCUCCAAACUGGUCCUGCUGACGGCCUCCAAGGACAGUGCCAAAGUUGAAGGGGCCAAGCGCAAAGGUGUGCACUGCAUCAUGUCCCUGGGGGUGCCUGGCCCUGCCACCCUUGCCAAAGCCCUCCUGAAGAUCCAUCCUGAGGCUCAGCGGGCCAUUGAGGCCACCCCCCAGGAGCCUGAGCAGAAACGCAGCAAGCUGGACACAGUUACCCAGCCCCUGGAGUUCCUGAGGACCCCGUUUGGGGGCCGCCUGCUGGUGCUGGAGUCCUUCCUGUACAAGCAGGAGAAGGCCGUGGGCGACAAGGUGUACUGGAAGUGCCGCGAGCGCACUGAGCUGGGCUGUCGGGGCCGGGCCAUCACCCACGGCCCGCGCGCCACCAUCAUGCGGGGCCACUGCCACCCGCCCGACGAGGAGGGCCUGGAGGCCCGGCGCCAGAGGCAGAAGCUGCCCGGCCCGGCCCUGCCCGAAGGCUUGGCGGGUUCCCAGGGCCCCGACAGCCGGGUGGAGGAGCCCCUAGAGGGGGCGGGCCCGUGGCUGUGCCCCGUGGAGCCAGAGCCGACCCCAGGCCCGCUGCUCAGCAACCCGGCCCUCGAGGAGGACGAGGGGCUCCGAGCCCUGGCGCUGAUGAGAUUGCCCCCGAAGAAACGCUCGACGCUGGGGAGCAGAGGGCCCCCGCCCCUGGAGUUCCUCAGGACCUGCUAUGGGGGCAGCUUCCUGGUGCACCAGUCCUUCUUGUACAAGCGGGAGAAGGCCGUGGGGGACAAGGUGUACUGGACGUGCCGGGACCACACGCAGCACGGCUGCCGCAGCCGGGCCAUCACCCAGGGCCAUCGGGUGACUGUCAUGCGGGGCCACUGCCACGCACCCGACGUGGAAGGCCUGAAGGCCCGGCGGCAGCAGGAGCGGGCCAUGACGGCUCUGCGGGCCCAGCCGGGCGGCCCUGGGGGCCCGGAGGACAAGCCGCUCCAAGGCGUGGACAGCCUGCUCUACCGCAGAGGGCCCGGGCCCCUGACUCUCACCAGGCCCCGGCCCAGGAAGCGCCCGACGGCCAACGACGAGGACCUCCCGGCUGAGCCCGAAGGCGAGGAGGACAAGGAGGAGGACCCGGGAGGCCCCGAGUUCCUGAGGACCCCUUUGGGGGGCAGCUUCCUGGUGUACGAGUCCUUCCUCUACCGGCGGGAGAAGGCGGCCGGGGAGAAGGUGUACUGGACGUGCCGGGACCAGGCCCGCAUGGGCUGCCGCAGCCGCGCCAUCACCCAGGGCCGGCGGGUGACAGUGAUGCGAGGCCACUGCCACCCGCCCGACCUGGGGGGCCUGGAGGUGCUGCGGCAGCGGGAGAAACGCCCCGGCACAGCCCAGCGAGGAAGCCCAGGAGGCCCCGAGUUCCUGAGGACCCCUUUGGGGGGCAGCUUCCUGGUGUACGAGUCCUUCCUCUACCGGCGGGAGAAGGCGGCCGGGGAGAAGGUGUACUGGACGUGCCGGGACCAGGCCCGCAUGGGCUGCCGCAGCCGCGCCAUCACCCAGGGCCCACGGGUCAUGGUGAUGCGCAGACACUGCCACCCGCCCGAUCUGGGGGGCCUGGAGGCGCUGCGGCAGCGGGAGCAGCUCCCCAGCCCAGCCCAGAGGGAAGGCUCAGAAGCCCCCCAGCCCCUGGAGUUCCUGAGGACUUCCCUCGGAGGCCGGUUCCUGGUGUACGAGUCCUUCCUCUACAGGAAGGAGAAGGCGGCCGGGGAGAAGGUGUACUGGAUGUGCCGGGACCAGGCCCGUAAGGGCUGCCGCAGCCGCGCCAUCACCCAGGGCCCACAGGUGACCAUCAUGCGCAGCCACUGCCACCCGCCCGACCUGGCGGGCCUGGAGGCGCUGCGGCAGCGGGAGCGGCUCCCCAGCCCAGCCCAGCAGGAGGACCCAGAAAAGGUAAAACUUCUGCCUGAAGUUCAACUGUGCCUCGAGACGUGUGCUCCUGAAUGCCAGCAGAGCUAUGGAAAGUUGGAAAGUAUACAACUCAACAGCGAGUCCCAGUGA